AUGUGUCAGGACACACCGUUAUCCUGUGAAGAAAAAUUGGGCGAUAUCGAACAGUUUCGGAAACGUAUGGCACCAAUCUUAGAUAAAUAUCCAUCUUACAACACGCUGUUUACACUGGAUCGAUGGCUUCGUUCAUACGAUAAUGAUAUAGAAGAAGCAGCUAAACGAAUGACACGAGCUUUGAAAAAUCUCUAUGCUCUUGAUGCAUGCAGAGAGUACGACAGUGUAGAAUCAUUGAAUGAUUUCUUACAUUCGAUAAGUCGAGCUGCUGAAUAUUUUCCAGGUGGCAUUAUGGGUCCUGAUAAGCACGGAAAUCUUAUUCUCGUACAACCGAUGGGUCGUGCUCGGCCAAGAACAUUGAUGCGUUUGGGACGUGUGUCUGAUCUUUAUAAAGCAUCAGUUUUGGAAACAGAAGCUUGCAUGUAUUUUUUGAGAAAAGAGGAAGCUAUUAGAGGACAUCAGCUCAGUAUUAUUUUCAUUUUGGAUCUCGCUGAUUUAUCUCUGGAAGCAAUUUAUAUGCCUGCUGUGAAAGCAUACAUAAACGUUUUGAAUGUGUUACAGUAUUUAUUCCCAAAUUCGAUCAAAAAGGUAUACGUGAUCAAUUCUCCUUCUAUGAUCAAUGUUCUUUUCAAUAUGGUAAAACGAGUGCUUUCCAAAAGAAUGAUUGAAAAUGUGGAAUUUAUUGGCAGUGAUUGGAAGCAGCGGCUAAGGGAUGAGCUAGGUGAAGAAAAUAUUUUUCAAUAUUGGGGUGGCACGAAAGAAGCUUCAAAAGAAACGGGUACAAUACGCAUGGGUGGCGAAGUACCUGCUCAUUUGAGGGAAGAAAUUUUAAAAACACUGAAGUUUAUUCCUGAUGACCAAUUAAUAAAAACAACGAUUCCAGCCAACGGGAGGCUGGAGGUUCCAGUUCAUGUUCUGCAGUCAAAUUCAUUAUUGCAAUGGUAUUUCAUUCUAAAUUCUGGGGACAUUGACUUCAGAAUUACAUAUGGUGAGGAAGAGGAGGAGAUCUGGCCGCGUUUCCGUCUAUCAACCGAAUUUGUCCCGGAAUAUGGUGAAUUGCUGUGCCAUCAGAAAGGGACUUACAUUCUUCAUUUCUAUAGCGCGGCAAAAUUAUUUAAUAAAAUACUUGCAUAUAAUAUUUCGGUAAAGGGUCCGUAA